AUGGGCCAGUUAAACCAGGUUCAAGAAGGAAGGAAAUACAUCAUGUCUCACACAACAGAGACAUAUUCUCCCUUUCCUUUCGAACUUUCAACAGUAUUUUGAAAGGAAAAUAAACACAGGACCAAAGGCAAUUUAGUUCUCUUCUGAGGAAGCUGCCUUCUGCGAAUAAAUCAGGAGUUUGGGAGGUUCCGGGGAGGGGACCAGAUUCUUUAUAAGAAUAUUUAUCUGGUCUUGUUUUUUUUUUCUGUCAUCUGCUGAAGCAACCUGAGAAUAAUAAUACAAAAAUUUAUAGCUCAUUUAGUGGCAUUAAAUAGGUCAUACAAACAUGAAAAACAUAUAAGUUCUUAGAACCGACUGCCCCUGAAAGCUUCCCUCCCUCUCUGCCUUCUGUGUUCUUUGCACCCCAUAGUACCCAGGGUUAUAAUUUGCAAAUGGAUUGUCUGGAUCUCCUCUCCCGAGUGUUAAUGAUUUGCUGCCGAAGAAGCGAGGUUGAGGAGAGCCAGAAAGAGGAGGAUUCCGCGGGUGGAGAGAAGUCUGAUCUAGUUGCUCAAGCACCGCCUCCUUCCUUCCGGAGACUGCAAGAGCAUUUUGGUGGGGAUCCCUGAGAGUGCCAGACAAGAGCGAGGCAGACGCAGGUCCUGCACAUGGAGGCUGCUAGUGCACAAUCCCCUUGCUCCUCGGAAGCACCGGGACUUCUUAGUAAUUUCAUGAACCUCCUGCUCAGGAUCAAAGAAAAACUCUUCACCUGGAACAUCUUGAAAACAAUUGCUCUUGGUCAAAUGCUGUCCUUGUGUAUCUGCGGGACAGCUAUUACCAGCCAGUAUUUGGCAGUCAAGUACAAAGUGAAUGCUCCUAUGCUUCAAAGUUUUAUCAACUAUUGUCUACUGUUUUUUAUUUACACAACAAUGUUGGCAUUUCGACCAGGCAAUGAGAACCUUUUGCACAUCCUGAAAGAAAAAUGGUGGAAGUAUAUUUUCUUGGGCCUGGCUGAUGUGGAGGCUAAUUAUAUGAUUGUCAAAGCUUACCAGUUCACUACACUCACAAGUGUCCAGCUUUUGGACUGCUUUGGGAUUCCUGUUUUGAUGGCCCUUUCAUGGUUUGUUCUUCAUGCAAGAUACAGAGUGAUCCAUUUUGUUGCUGUGGCCAUCUGCCUUUUGGGAGUAGGAACAAUGGUUGGUGCUGACAUACUAGCUGGGAGAGAUAACAAUUCAGGAAGUGAUGUGUUGAUUGGUGAUGUCUUAGUUCUACUUGGAGCUUCUCUCUAUGCCAUUUCUAAUGUCUGUGAGGAGUACAUUGUGAAAAAGCUGACCCGAGUAGAGUUUCUAGGAAUGGUGGGCUUGUUUGGGACAUUUAUCAGCGGUCUCCAGAUGAUUCUUAUAGAAUAUCAAGAUAUUGUUAAAAUUCAGUGGAACUGGAAAAUUGCCCUGCUAUUUGUGGCUUUUGCCCUCUGUAUGUUCUGCCUGUAUAGCUUCAUGCCAGUGGUCAUUAAAGCUACAAGUGCUACCUCAGUCAACUUGGGCAUCCUGACUGCUGAUCUCUACAGUCUUUUCUUUGGACUCUUUCUUUUUGGAUACAAGUUUUCAGGGCUCUACAUUCUCUCCUUCAGUGUCAUCAUGGUGGGCUUCAUCUUAUAUUGUUCUACUCCUACACGAAAUGCGGAACCAUCCGAAAGCAAUGUGCCUCAACUGACCAGCUAUGGGUUUGAUAAUCUGGGGCUAAAGAUUGAGGAGAACAUCCAGGAACAGAACCCUGCACCCAUGUAGUCAAAGAAGCUGUGGUGCAAAUGGAGUGUGGUUAACCAUCAGAUAAACUGGGUGUCACCAUCCUGGUAGAAAGUGGAACUCACUCAUUGUGAAGCAACAUUCUAAAAUAUCGAUGAAUUUGUCAAAAUGUGAACAUUGUGUCAAUGUCUGCUUGGCUAUGUUGUAUAGAAUUGUAUAAUAUGAAACAUUAAAAAAAAAAAGAAAUCACUACUAUUAUAUGGCAGAGGUGAGUCCUUAGAACAUGACUGAAUAUGUAUGAUGACCAAGCCCAUCAAUGUCAGGACUGUAGAUGGUAAGGCAUCAAGUAGGAGAGAGCCGAUAUGAGGCUGGAAAUGAAGGAUAAAGGAUGUUUAUGGAGGAACUAGCUGGAAGUUAGAGAUUAACCCUGGAAUUGAAGUCAGGGGCUAGUUGGACAAUCUAGUAGUCCAGUUUCUCUCAUCCAGGUGCUUCUUAUAUUUCUUAGAAGAAAAAUAUCUAUUCUGAGGAUAGAGUGAUCUAGCACCCACAAGUAAGGACAGUUAAGUGAAUGCACUUGGUUGGAAAGUGUAAUAAAUGGGGGUGUAGUUGACAGAUUCUGUCUAUACCAUUUACUAAACUAGGCACUUCAUUGAAUUCAGGAAAGCCUAUCUCUCCUUUACUGUUGUAAAAAAAAAUGGUUAAGGGGGUAGCUAGGUGACUCAGUGGAUUCAGAGGCAGGCCUAGAGAUGGGAGGUCCUGCAUUCAAAUUUGGCCUCAGAUACUUCCUAGCUUCCUGACCCUGAGUAAGUCACUUAAACCCCAUUGCCCAGCUCUUACCACUCUUCUGCCUUGGAACCAAUAAUACAAUAUUGAUUCGAAGACAGAAGGUAAGGGUUUAAAAAAUGGUUGACAUGUUACCAAAUACUUAUAAUGUGCUAUAAGUUUUUUUAUUUAUAAAAGAUGUAUAUACUAUUAGUUACAAUUAUCAGAAAACCAGCUACUAAUGUGUGUUCUACUUCAAUCAAAUCCAAUAUGCAAAAACUGUUUAAAAUAAACAAAUUAAGGGGCAAGCCCUUAUAAUAUAGAAUAAUUCUUCUCUUCAAAAAAUAAUAUAUUGUUGGAUUCCUUUAAGAUAGCAUGGUUCCCUACUACAUUUAAAAUAUAAUACAAUUUCUAAAAUUUUAUUUUUACUCUCCCUUCCCCUCCCUAAGAAUACAUCCAUUUUAUAAAGUGAGGUAUACUUCAAUAGCAGUACUAUUUGUGUAACAAGAGAAAUCAGAAUUGAUUUAGAGAUGAUUUGAGAGAAAUGAUUUUUAAUAUUUUGAGUUAUGGAAAUUGGUUUUUCACUUAAUUUUAAAAUUUCACUAAAAUUUCAAUUAUAAAAAUGAUGUCUCAAUUACAACAUUCCAUUAAAACUUCUUCAUAACCUU